ACCCCACAAAUAAAAUCAUGAAAGAUUGGUUACAAAGUCCAAACAGAAUCCCUAGACGUCAUCAACUUGCAUAUUUUCUUAAUAAGACACCAAAUGUGAAAAUCCCUCUUUCCAAGGAAUUUUUCUCUUUAAUCCCAGUUGUUGGACCAUUCAGUAUAGACCCAACAGAACGUGAUAAAUAUUUUAUAGAAAGCAAAUCAGAAAGUUGUGGUGCAUUUUUCACUGAGUUAAUAUCAAGCUUAAUUUACACCCCUCCAACAGGAAAAACAGCAAAUUCAUUUCACUCCCUUUGGGAUUUUAUUAUCAGCAAGUCACUACAAGUAUUUGGAAAAUAUUCUAAUGAAAUGCCAAUAAUGGAAUUUGAUCGUAAAAGUUCCAAAUAUACAACCACAGGUCAAAAUCAACCAGAUUUUGCCUUAUUUAUAAGAAACAUUUGUGCUGUUCGUGGAGAAGAGAAAGGAGAAGUUGAAAAAGGAGAUUCUGCUAGGGAAUUGGUUGACAAAUUCAAUACUUGGGAUUAUGGAGACAUUCCAUAUCUUUUUGGAUACUAUGCCAAUGCUACUGCUGUUACCUUUUGUGUCCUUUAUAUUAGUGAAAAAAAUCCCAUUAAUAUUAACAGUCAAAAGACAAAGCAUCCAGAUAUUUGUAGUGAGAAACUUGCAGAAUUUGAUUUAAAUAGAUUAACACAUAGAUUCAAGCUAAUGAAUUUAAUUAAAAAUAUGUGUCGAAUACUACCUAUGAUUAUCAACAUGUGUCCUUCAAGAGAAUCACCAGAUUUUCAAGUCAUAAUGCGUGAUGAUGGAACUUGUAUUGAAAUUGGUUAUGGUAUUAAAAAAAUAUUGCCUUCAGAAGCUAAAGUUAAUCAUCUAAAAAAUAUUUAUGGGUUUAUAGAUAAUUACAAGAUCAAAUGUGUUGAAAAAUUAAUUUAUUCUCAUGAGAAUGUUGUUUACUUGGAGCCAAGGGGGGAGGAGAAGAGACCACAAAAUCCCAAUGAGUUACUAAAAGCUUUGAUUUGUGUAUUAACUUGUUUAGAGGGCUUGCAUAAUAUAAAACCUAGUCCAGUUAUGCAUAGAAGUAUACAAUGGCCAAAUAUUAUACAAUAUGGAAAACAAUAUAUUUUGAUUGACUUUGAUUUUGCCAGCUUUUCUCCUUCAAAUGAAAAUUUACAAGAACUUAACCCAGAUAAUCAUGCACCCGAAAUGUUGAUAGGAGCACAUGAUAUAACAGUUGAUAUCUGGGGUGUUGGAUACUUGAUUACUUCAAGUGGUAUUAAUAAUGAAUUACCUGAUGAACUUUUAUCACUUUCACAAUCAAUGUGUCAAAAGGAUAUAAAUGCACGUCCAAAUGCAUCUGAUACACUUAAAAUUGUCAAAGGUCUUUUUGUGAAGUGGUUUCCUAAUGAUGACUGGCUAAAUCAUUUUGAUAACUAG